GGACCGGGACUGGACCAAGUCACAGUUCGAUUCCCGGACCACACGCACGCUUUGCCUCCACGUCAGUGCAGUGGCCGGAUUAGCUUAGCAUGCUAACUAAGCUGCUAGUUAGCUGGUUGCUUCCCACCAUGUGAACUCAGUCUAACUAGUGAUCUCUCGGUUCCUCGGACUCUUCCACCGGCUCCAUGUCCGGGGCCCGGACGCCUCCUCUGGCUGGAGGGAGCGGGCUGCUCCGGGGCGGCCGCAGCCGGUCGUACGGGAGCCUGGUCCGGUCCCCCCGGUCCCCGGUGCCUCCGAGGCGGGUCCAGCAUGAGCUGCAGCCCGGGGAGACGCUGCCGGGCCUGGCCCUGAAGUACGGAGUCUCCAUGGAGCAAAUCAAACGAGCGAACAGACUCUACACCAACGACUCCAUCUUCCUGAAGAAGUCCCUGUCCAUCCCGGUGCUGUCGGACUGGGACGUCACCAGUAACGGGUCGGAGUCUGCGGCUGAGGACGAUUCUGGCUGUGGUCAGAACGGACACUCGGGCAGCACCUCUGGGAAUCAGACCUGUGACCCCAGAGACAGGACGGCAGACCUGACUCCAGAGGGUUUCUUGAAGAGGUUGGAUGAGUUGAUUCACCAGUCGAAGGAAGCUGCAGUGAGAGGACGCCAGGACGCAGAGGAAAGGGUCGCCGCCCUGGAAGCAGCUUGCAGCAGCGGGACGUCCGACUGGCGGCGUUCUCUGAGUGUCAGCCCCCCCCACGCAGCGCAGCAGCAGGAAGUGGCGUUCAGGGCGAUGCCCCUCACCGUCACCCGGCUCACAAAGACCCUCAGAGACAGAGAGGACGAGAUCUUCCAGCUGUGAACACGUGUCGCUGGGAUCAUGCAUUUACAGAUAAAGGUUACUUGUGAUGAAAUGAAUCUCAUAAUGAGGUUUUGUAUUGACCUUUAAAUUGAGUCUUUCUAAAUGAAUAAUGCACCUUUUGUUUUUGUAUUUAUUUGUUGAAAUGCAAGUUAUGAGUAUCGUCAUAAAGCACUGGGGGAGGUUUACUUUCAGAGCUGGUUCCCACAAGUGUGUGAAAUGUAAAACAUGAGAAUUUACAGUCAUGUGGGUUCAGUCAUAUGAUCGUUGAUAUGCUCCGGUCGGCACGUGGUCGUGAGUCACGCUACCUCACGGCUGGGAAAUGCAAAAAGUGUCCAAGUCUUCCAACAAAAACCUUAACGCCAUGAAGUGUGAUGUGUCAAGUUUAUACAGUUCGCCAGUUUCACUGUAAAACACAGAAUUUACCAGAAAUGUGUUUUUUUCCUGAAUAAGUAAAACUACAAUGAAGCCAAG